AUGGAUAAACCCAAAAAUCUAGAACUACUGGGUCGAAAAUGUGCUUUGGGAGGGACUGUUUCUGAUCUUACCCAACAUCUACAUGUCUGUAAUUGGAUCCUUCAGCCACUCUCUGCAAAACUAAGACUAACCCAAAAGAUGCAAGGCAGCAUUUUUCUUGUGAUCAGCUUGGUGGUUUCAUCCACCUUAUCAAUGAGCACACAAGACCAAAAUAUAGUUGAAAUUGAUGGCAAGAACAUGACCGAUGAUUCGUUAAAUGAUGAUGUUCGUAAGCCACCAAACACUGCAAGAAGUGGUACUUUGGGAAAAGACUACCGGUGGAUAUCUCCAGUUCCCUACGUGUUGGACGAAAGCCUUGACCUGAACAGUAAAGGAGUCAUCAUGAGAGCUUUGGACCAGUUCAGGCUGAAGUCAUGCAUUGACUUCAAACCCAGAGAUUCUGAAGAGUAUUACAUUAAAUUCCUAGAUUAUUAUGGGUGCUGGUCAUAUGUUGGUCGAUUAGUCGCCAAUGGACAGGACAUCUCCAUCAGUCCAUACUGUGAUAGCAUUGGCUCUGUUGAACACCUAAUUCUUCACACCCUUGGCUUCUACCAUGAAGAGCUCAGACAUGACAGGGAUGACUAUGUUCGGAUUGAUUUUGACAAAGUCAUAAAAGGUUUGGAACUUGGUUUCACAAAGAUCAGCAGUGAUCUGAGCACCACCCACGAUGUACCAUAUGAUUACCUGUCAGUGAUGCACUCGGACAAAAAUUACUUAAGCAAUGGCAAUGGCUCUACAAUUAUUACCAAAGACCCCAAAUUCCAAGAUAUGAUUGGUCAAAGAAUGGCAAUGAGUCCUAGUGAUGCUCAAGAGUUGAACCUUCUCUACAAAUGCAAUUCCACAGUUGCCUUUUUGUUCUACUGUGACUUUUCGGAUGGUAACAUGUGCCAAAUGAGCCAAAUAAGCAAGUGUGCACAAUAUGGCAAUGGCUGGGAAGUGGUUACACAGGCUAUUAGGGGCCCAGGGUCUGACCACACCACUCUGCCUGGCGGAAAUGGAGAUUAUGGUCAAGAAACGGGAUACUUUCUCCAUGCCAGCUUAGCAUCAGGUCAAGUGGGAGAUUCAGCUUGGCUGGAGACUCAAAUCAUGAGUACUAAAAGAAAAUGUAAAGUCCAGUGUCUGCAGUUCUACUAUUUCCAUAGUGGAAAUGAGUUAGAUGAACUGAACAUCUGGAUCAGAGAGUUUCAAGAUGAGCAGGACACCACAGGAACUCUCCGUCUCAUGGGACAGAUCACUGGUCCACCAACAUAUCAUUGGCAGCUCCACCAUGUUUCUCUGAACGCCACCAAAAACUUCCAGGUGGUGUUUCAGGCUUGGAAAGGAUAUAGGAACUCUACAGGCAGCUUCUCAAUUGAUGACAUAAAUCUCUCUGAGACUGAAUGUCCACAUGUAACACUGCAGAUUAAUGACUUUGAGGAACUUUUAAGCACCAGUGAGUUUGGAACCACAAUAUACAGUCCACGGCAAUACUCCAAGGAGGGCUACUCUUACCGUAUAGGUACCAUACUCUACAAGGAAUCUGUUGGAAUGUUUGUGCAGCUCUUGUCUGGUGAAAAUUAUGACCAGCUGGAAUGGCCUAGCCUGCAAAAGCAAAUGACUUUCCAAGUGCUGGAUCAAAACCCUAGCAUGCAAAAGCAAAUGUCAAAGCAAAGAAAUUUUGUUUCUCACCAAAGGCACAUGACCGGAGGCCUCAAUUGGUGGGACAACCCCUUUAAGAAUGGAAGCGUAGUUCUUUCUGAGAAUGGUGAAUCACUCUAUGGUCAUUUUCGGGUUGGGUACUAUCCUUUUGUCACACUGGAAGAACUGGAAACCAGAGAGUUCCUCAAGGGAGGGAGUGUCAUUUUCACAUUUAGCUUUGAAGAUCUCACUCCUCUGGUCAAUGGAAGCUCCCUGCCGUGUUCUCAAGUGAGACCUCUGAAUAUUACACAUGGUUCUACAAAUUCGGAUGAAGUCCCAUGCGUGAUGGGUGAUGGAGGUUUUUUUGGGUUCUCUCCUGGUUUGGUUGCCUCUCCCAUCCUCAUCCUCCUGCUGGCAGUGAUCGCUAUGCUUCCUUGAUGAACCAUAAACCUUCAUUUCAAGUAUUUUGCCUUUGCAAAAUAUUAAAAGUAAUGCUUUCUAUGGAUCAUUUCUCUAUAUAUAUAUAAAAAAAGAUUACAAGGAAACGCUACAUUAUGCACAAAUGUGAUUAAGUGAAAGUGUAUACUAUACCCUUUUAUACAAUGUAAAUGUUUGGGUGUGGGAUUACAAGUUUAUUUCAUAUAUUCAUUGAUCAUGUUAGAAUGCUAGUAAAUAAAUGCUUAUGAUUAACUUUCCUCUUCUAAAUUAUAAGGGUUAAAGCAGUUUGAAGUUUAUUUUAGCUUUUAAUUUUCCAAUGUUUUUUAUCUAUGCAAUAUCAUGCUUUUCUAUGGGUCUCUGGA